AUGGCAAAAACAUUGAAUCAACUCCCAAACUUCCAUGUGUGGCGGAACGAUCGAUUUUGGCUUGCAGGAGAUCAUGUUGUCGAUCCUCGGACAUAUGACACACCCUUGAACCGGAGAUUACUGGCUGCGGCUGACAAGGUGGCUAUGGACCAUAAACUAACGGAAUGGAAAGGUCCAAAUUAUACCAUCCUUCACACCGAAUUUACAAGAGAACGAGCCCAACCCGGUCAGCUCAUUCUUGGAUCCGACUCACAUACUUGUUCGGCAGGCGCAGUGGGAUGCUUGGCCAUCGGCCUUGGUGCCGGAGAUGUCGCGAUGGGACUGGUGACUGGAGAAACCUGGCUCUCUGUGCCGGAAUGUAUUAACAUUCGAUUCAUUAACCAACCGCAAUUGGGUAUUGGGGGAAAGGAUAUCAUACUUUAUAUCCUGGGUAAGCUGAAAAGAAACACGGUUGCAAUGGAUCGAGUUGUGGAGUUCUCAGGCCCAGGAUGCCAGUAUCUCUCUGUGGACGCACGAUUCGCUAUCUCGAAUAUGUGCACUGAAUUCGGCGCAAUCACCGGCACCUUCAUUCCGGACGAUAUCACCAAAGCAUAUGUGGAUGGCCGACGGGGCAGACACCACCGCUCGACCUCGUUGUAUUUCCUCCCCGACGACGAUUGCCAAUAUGCAGAAGUCUAUGAGAUAGAUCUCUCUCAGAUCAAACCGUUGUUUGCCGUCUACCCUUCACCAGACCAGGUUGUCCCUGUGACAGACAAAGUCGGGAUGAGAUUGGAUGGCUGUUUCAUAGGUGCUUGUACCACUACCGAAGAAGACCUAAUUCUCGCAGCUUUGGUCCUCCAAGUUGGUUUGCGAAAGCAGUUGCCGUUGGCCCCUGGAAAACGAAAAGUCGUUCCGGGAUCAGUUCCGAUUCGGGCACGACUUGAAGCCCUGGGGUUGAUGGAUGUUUAUAGAGAAGCCGGCUUCGAAAUCGGCGCACCAGGCUGCAGUUACUGUGUUGGCAUGGGAGCUGAUCAAGCACACGAAGGGGAGGUUUGGCUCUCGUCGCAAAAUCGAAACUUUAAGCAUCGAAUGGGCAAGGGGUCCAUCGGUAACCUUUCCUCAGCUACAACGGUCGCCGCGUCUGCAUUCUCCAUGACGGUCACAGAUCCGACGAGCUUCAUCGAGGAAAUUGACUCCCGCUUUAUUGACACACUGAAAGCUCGCCCUGGCCGUACCAAAGCAAGCCACAUCACGUCCCUGAUACCCGGGAGACAUGUUCAAUACUCUGAGCCAAAUUUCGUAUCUCUCCCCAUCGCCGAUGAGGAACAAACACUGUGCCCGACAUCAGCGCUAGACUUGGACCAGACGAUGAAUAGUUCAGAGCGACGGACUGGGGUUCAGACGGAUCCAGCCGUCGCGACAAUCAGCAGCAAGGUGAUCAGGCUGGGUGACUUUGUUGACACCGAUCAGAUUGCACCUGCCGAGUCUCUGGUCACAUGUAACACCGACGAAGAGUUAGCUGAAUACUGCAUGAAACACGUCAUGCCAGACUUUCGAGACAAAGUUCGCAGUGGGCAAAGAGUCGUUGUCGCAGGGAAAGCGAUGGGUUGUGGCUCUUCCAGAGAAGCGGCGGUGAGAGCGUUGAAAGGCUUGGGAGUCGAAUGCGUGAUAGCUCGGUCAUUCGCAUUCAUAUUUGGUCGCAAUGCUCCUAACGUUGGACUACUAUGCUUCAUUAUCGACGACGACAGCUUUUUUGAAGCGGCCAUCGACGGGGCUCAUAUUGAAAUACGUCUAAAUGAGAGGGUAGUUUGCAUUUGUGAUAACGAGGGCAGUGAAAGUGGCCGCACCGGUGCUCAUGCCUUCCCCUUUAAGUUGUCGAACAUGGAACUGUCGCUGUACCAGAAUCAAGGCUUGAUUCAAUCAUAUCAACAGUUAGGAAAGGCGAUUUUCAAAGGGCUUGCAAAAGAAAACCGCAACGACAGGAGUUCAAGCCUUGUACCAGAGAUAAUGCAGGAGUUGGAUAGUCCCAGUUCGCUACAGGAGCUCCAGUGGUAA